AGUCAUUGUGACCUGUUUCGUAACGUUAUCCUGAUACAAUACGGGUCUUUAAGGUGGUUUGAGCGAAUCUGUCAAGACCGAGGCGACUGUUGUUAGCUCAGGAAUACGUAAACUGAUUUCCCUCAGUCAAGUCUUUCAGUGGUUGAUGACGUCAGACAGAUGCAGCGUCACAGCUUCUUUCGCUGAUGUGCGCGCGGUUAGACGAUGCUCUCUGCUUCUGCUGCUCGAGUGUUUCUCAUACUGGCGUGGAUGCAUCCAUGUCACGCUCUCUACUUCCACAUAGGAGAGACGGAGAAGAAGUGCUUCAUUGAAGAGAUUCCGGAUGAGACUAUGGUUAUCGGAAAGUACAGGACUCAGCUAUGGGACAAGCAGACCAGUUCCUUCCUCCCAGCCACACCUGGCCUUGGAAUGCAUGUGGAGAUCAAAGAUCCAGAGACAAAGAUUAUCCUCUCUCGUCAGUAUGGGUCAGAUGGACGGUUCACCUUCACCUCCCACACGCCUGGAGAACAUCAGAUCUGUUUACACUCCAACUCCUCCAAGAUGGCUCUGUUUGCUGGAGGAAAACUGAGAGUACAUCUGGAUAUUCAGGUCGGAGAACACACCAACAACUACCCUGAAAUUGCCGCAAAGGACAAACUCACAGAGCUGCAGCUGCGAGUGCGACAGCUUCUGGACCAAGUGGAGCAGAUCCAGAAGGAGCAGAACUACCAGAGGUAUCGUGAGGAGCGGUUCCGCAUGACGAGCGAGAGCACCAACCAGCGUGUGCUCUGGUGGUCCAUAGCUCAGACGCUGAUCCUCCUGGCCACUGGCGUUUGGCAGAUGAAGCACCUCAAAAGCUUCUUCGAGGCCAAGAAGCUGGUGUGAAGCUUGUCUGAGUGUGUCCACAUGACAGACUUGCAGGACUGGAUGAGACGCACCUGGUAUCUGCACCUUCAUGGUACCAGCACUGCAGGGUGGUGACUUUCCUCCUAAAUGUUUAGGCUUUUGUUAGGACACUACACAGUAGCACAUUCCUAAUCCCUUUUCUGUUGUUGUUUACGGGACAUGUUUACUCGCUGGUCCAGUAGAACCAGACACUUGGUGAUCGGGGGUGGUUUACCUGUUCAAACGGUGUGAAUGUAAGUGGUGCAGUUACACGUAGUGAUACAUGCGUUUAUGAAGGGAACUUUUUCUCAUUGAUCAUGGUGCACAUAGUUUAUGACCAGGCCAUUUUUAUUUUCCCUAUUUACAGAAGAUUAGAAACAAUAUACAGACACUGAGAGGCACAACUCAGCAACAGGAUAUACACAUUUAUCCAGUGGCCGCUAUGAAGACAUCAUGGCCUUUGGCUCCAAGCUGACCAGAUCACACCCAAAGAAGCGACCUGAGGGGGGCUGGGGGCUUCUGCCAUAUGACAAAAUGCAUAAACAUCUGUUCGGAAUACCCGGUAGAGCCCAUAGUUAUAGAAUGAUUCUGGAAAUCCUAAUUCAUCAAAUCAUCUUAACUCCAGGCACACUAAUAGAUCUGAUCUGUUUCAUAGGAGAUUCCUUACACAUAGAUAUGAUAGCACCUGGUAAGGAGCAUGCAUAACAUAAAUAGUCCUCAGUGUGGCAUUAAACCUGGAUUAACCUCCAUUCAUCAUUUCCUCAACAAGCGGUUUGACACCACUGAACUUAUUGGACCACUGGAUCUUGUUCCUGACAGUCGGCUUCAGCAGAUAACAGAACCAGCUCACUCUAAAAGAAGAUUUAAUUCAAGACCGAGCGCAUGCAAUCGUAACAAUACCUCAUGGUCCACACAUCAGUCAUGAAUGCUCAAAGGAGACGCUGUUGACAUGAAGUCAUUGUCCUCACAAUGGAGGGUUGGUUCUAAAUGAAGUGUGCAUCCAUCCUGUAUAUUGGGUUUUCUGUACGGUUGAUAUGCCUCUUAAUAACUAUGUUGUAAAUAACAGCGUAUGGACUGUUUUCUAAUGCCUUUUGCAGAUUGAAUGUUUUAUCCAGGUAUUUUUUGGGCACUCUUAUUGCAGAGCUUACGUACACAAGUUAACUGUGAGCUUUUUUGGGUUGCAUUUGGAUGCCGAUUCAUGAGUCAUUGGAAGGGAAUGUACGGAGUCAGUGAGUUUUUUGAAGUUGUUAAAUUAUCCCUCAACGUCUCUUGUUUGCAUUGUGGUUCAGAGGUCUCCUUGUUAAUAAAGAC